UAUAUACAUGUAUAAAAAGGCCAAAAUAAAGACAAACGUAUUUUAUUUUUACGUUUCGAUCUUCUCUCGUUUCAGUUACAAUUACCUCGUACUGCCUGGUGCAUCUCUCCUGGACGCCCCUUACUCCAACACCCUUCAUUCUCUGCUCUGAUUACUUCUCAAAGGGAGUAUGAAAAUGCAGAAGAAGAGAAUGAAUUGAGUUGCAUGUGGACACGUGAUUGUGGGUUUGAUUGCGAUUGCGUGGGGUUUUCUGAUUGGAUGAAUGAUUUGAAGGGUCUUCAGCGAGAUAAGAGGACCCUUCAAACUGGAAUUGCUGCUUUUAUAUCGAGCUGUUUGAAUUUGUGAUAGAUUUUCCGUUACGACAGUUAGUUUUGGCUGUUUUUUGGGGGGUUUGGAUCCGUGUGCGGUCGUAAAAUCAUGCCAGCUGUACAGAAGCUUUAUAACGCUUGUAAAGCUUCGCUCACGCCAAAUGGACCUAUAUCUGAGGAGGCUCUUGAGAAAGUCCGCGCUCUGUUAGACAAAAUUAAACCAUCAGAUGUGGGUCUUGAGCAGGAGGCUCAGUUAGUACGUGGGUGGAAAGGUUCGGUGCGUGGACAUAAUGGGGUUCCUGAGUCAAUGCCACCAAUUAAAUACCUGCACUUACAUGAAUCUGAUAGCUUCUCUAUGGGAAUUUUCUGUAUGCCUGCUUAUUCUAUCAUUCCCCUUCAUAAUCAUCCGGGCAUGACCGUGUUAAGCAAGCUUCUCUAUGGUUCCUUGCAUGUGAAAUCCUUUGAUUGGAUUGACAUCCCUGGGCCAUCUGAUCCGUCUGAAGCAAGACCGGCAAAACUCGCAAGGGACUGUGAGAUGACUGCUCCGACUGAAACAACAGUUCUCUAUCCAACUAGUGGAGGUAACAUACAUUGUUUCAAAGCUAUAACUCCCUGUGCCAUUUUUGACAUCCUUUCUCCGCCCUACUCCUCUGAGGAUGGACGGCAUUGCACAUAUUUCCGAAGGUCCCCAAGAGGAGAUCUGCCUGGUAGCCUUGAGGUGGAUGGAGAGACAAUCACUCACAUGACUUGGUUAGAAGAGUUUCAACCUCCUGAUAAUUUUGUGAUUCGGAGAGGACAGUACAAGGGCCGCGUUAUCAAAACUUAACCUUCAAAUUUUGGUGGGGUUAUUAGUUUUGUGAAUGAAUUGUGAGCUUCAUUUGAGCGCUUUUUUUAGGUGAAAUUUGCUAAUGUGUUAAAACUGUCAAAAUAAUCAACAAUUCAUUUUCUGUGCCAUAGAACUUUGGCAUUUGGAGUUGUACAUAUUAAUCAACUAGAUAUCCCUUUUAUAGAACACUCACCUUAUAUUAGUCGACAAACUUUUUGGUUGAGAUC